AUGCAAUGCCAAGACCCUGGACCCCCCAGCAUCGGUCCCGGAAAAUCGCUGCACGCCGAUUGGUCCGUGAGCGGGGCCUGGCGGGAGCUACUGGACAACCACCGACAACCACCAGCCCGUGACCCGUACUACGACGACGACGACGACCGAGGUCAAUUGCGCCGCAAGACUUUGGCAUUGAGCCUUGCCUCUGGUUCUCAACAUUCCCAAACACACAGACACACACACAGUACGCGUCCACCUCCCCUCCCUAUACCCCAUCCCGCGCCAACUCACACAAAGCCCGUUUGUCCAGCGACAAUGUCCGGCGUGCCCCCCUCUCCGCGCUUCUUCCAGCAGCCGCUGCGCUACCUGCACUGGGCCUCAAUCAACAAGCCUGCCUACUUUUACUCGAUCAUUGUCGGUUCGGCUGGACCCGUCGUUGUCCUGACUGUGCCGCCGAUUCGGAGAUGGAUGGGCGAGGAGCCGAUUCCGAAGAUUCCCAUGACCUAUCCCAUACCAAAGGGACCGCGACCGAGGCCGACUGGGUUUGACGACGAGUAG